CCGUUCAGCAUCGGCCAAGCGACACUAUGGGGGUGAAGCUGGAGGUGUUUCGGGUCUGUGGCGCGCGGGGUCCUCCGGGGAUGAUGCUGUAUUUAUCUUUUCCUGUUGCUAUGUUCUGGAUUUCAAAUCAGGCAGAUUAUUUUGAAGAAUAUGUUAUCAAGCGGAAGAGAGAGAUAUACCCACCUGAAGAUAAUUACCAGAGAAAAGAACUGGAAGACUUCAAGGAGAGAAUGAGGAAGAAACACGAGGAGCGGAUGCUGCAGGCAGCUAAGGAAUAAUGAUGUAGCAUCACCCCCUUUCUCCCCAGGGUUUGAUGCACUCUCAAGAAAGUUGCCAUCACAAAUCUAAUAAAUGCCCUCUAAAACACUUUUUCUACUAAGAGAUGAAGGGAAUUGCAGUGCAGUUUCACUUUGUAUUCCUGAAUAAUGGUUCUGUGCUUGCCUCCAUGGCCGUAAAUGGAAAAUGGGAAGAGGAUGUAGGCUACUUCCUUGGUGUUCUUCUGGCUCUUGCUGGGUGAAGCUGCUGAACCCUGUCUGCAAGUUUGGCAGCUCUCUUAGGAGAGUCACUUUGAAUAAAAAGUUAUUUAUAGAAAGA